UCGAGUGACUGAGUCAAUGAUCAACUCGCGAUCGCCCAGCACUUGUGUGGAGAUGCGCACAAGGACAUCUGUGCAGCACCGCGCAACGCACAGUACGCCAAGGCAUACUGUACUCUCGCUUCACCGAGGACCAAAUGCACACACAUUGAAACACGAACAUUGAUUUCCUUUGCAAGGAGAGUUUUAACGAGACGAGGGUUUGACUUGACCCUGAAUUAAAAGUAAUACGCAGAUUUUUUUUUUAACAAUUCCGUCGGAAGAGUCUUAACUCUUCCUCCCCGUUCCAGGUGAUGCCCUCUGAUUUCAUCUCGCUCCUCAGCGGGGAUUUGGAUCUCAAUUCACCGAAGAGUGCGUAUUCCAAAGAAUCUGUCUAUGACCUACUGCCAAAAGAGCUGCGGCUUCCUUCAAGUGAAACACAAAUUGUAUCAAUGAGUCAGAAAAGUGGAGGUGAUGAAGCAACUUCUCCCCACUCAGCCGCAGUUGCGCCUGAUGUCUCCUCCAGCGGUGGUCAAAGCAACACCUUCACCCCAUCUUCCAAACCUAGCAUGCAUUCUACCUCAGUAACUGACAACACAUCUAUGCAAGUAGAUAGCUGCACUCCAGAACAGGGGGUAAGUGCUCAUGGGGUAAGUGAAUUACUGAGCUAUGAAAACCAGUUAAGUAAUGCCCCACAGCUACAGUCCACCCCCAAAAGGAGAACAGUCCUCAACAUCUCUCCACCACCUGAAGAUUUGCUGGAUGACAGCAGGAUGUCUUGUCAGGAUGAUGCAGGUGACUCGGAACAGAGCAAUAAUAUUUGGAUGGAUGAAUCAGGCUCUAACUACAGCAUCAUGAGUUCUAGUUCCUAUAACGACAACACAACAGUACCACGGAAAUCACGAAAACGUUCACCUAAACAACGGCCUGGAUUUGUGCGUGUGGAUGAUGAAGAAUCAAAUAUGGAUGUCUUUGAUGCAGACAGUGCAAAAGGACCCCAUUAUGUACUUUCUCAACUCGUCUCAGAAGGCAAAAACAGCUCAAAGGGAAUCAAUGGAACAACAGAACCACCAAAAACUUCUUUAAAGAAGUGCCCAACACUAUGUGCUCACUAUCCUAAUAAAGUUGAGGGCAAAGAACUGAAAGUACUGGUACAACCUGAGACACAACACAGGGCACGGUACUUGACGGAAGGUAGCCGUGGCUCUGUGAAAGAUCGGACACAGCAAGGCUUUCCAACAGUGAAGUUGGAAGGUUACAGUGAACCGGCAGUCCUACAGAUUUUUGUUGGUAAUGAUUCUGGCCGAGUCAAACCUCACGGUUUUUACCAAGCAUGCAAAGUCACUGGGCGAAAUACUACUCCUUGCAAGGAGGUGGAUAUUGAAGGAACAACUGUGAUUGAGGUCAACUUGGAUCCUGGAAGUAACAUGACAUUAGCAGUUGACUGUGUGGGAAUAUUAAAGCUCAGGAAUGCUGAUGUUGAAGCACGUAUUGGCAUUGCAGGAUCCAAAAAGAAAAGCACUCGUGCACGAUUGGCGUUCCGAGUAAAUAUUGUUCGUGCAGAUGGGUCUAUUUUAACUCUGCAGACAUCUUCUUCAUCCAUCCUCUGCACUCAACCAGCAGGAGCACCUGAGAUAUUGAAAAAAAGCCUACAUACUUGUUCAGUGAAAGGAGGUGAAGAUUUAUUUCUGAUUGGAAAAAACUUUUUGAAAGGCACAAAAGUUAUUUUUCAGGAAAACAAUUCAGAUGACAACGAUUCUUGGAAUUCAGAAGCUGAAAUAGACAUGGAACUUUUUCAUCAGAAUCACCUUAUUGUGAAAGUUCCUCCAUACCAUAAUCAACUUAUAACAACACCAGUUUCAAUUGGCAUAUAUGUCAUAACCAAUGCUGGAAGAUCACAUGAAGUACAGCCUUUUACCUUCACUCCAGAUCUGGCAAACUCAUCAGAUAUCAUUGUGAAGAAAGAAAUUGGUGUACAACCAUGUUCCAUUGACGAAGCAAUGAAAGCUGCAGUAGCGAAAGUCACAGGCUGUAAUCCAGACGAGCCAAAUCUUCCCAGUGCCUUGUUGUCACCACUUCUGCCACCUGUUGUGGUGAAGAUUGAAGAAACCAUUACAAUGGACCUGAUAUCGAAUCAGACACCAUCUGCAGUCUUUAAAAAUCAAGAGAUGGGAGCUGGACAGCAGUCUUUAGAAAUCUCUUCAAACAUCACAACUGGGAGUUCAUUCUCUGGAUCUGCCUCAAGGCAAGGAGGAGACAGUGAUCAGCACCAACAAAUUGAAUCAAAUGUGUUUCCAAGCACAGAUGACUUAUCUGCCGUACGGAAGCAAGACAUUUCUCAGCCAUGUACAUUUCAAACAUCAAAAUGUACCACCCAGGUUCAGAAUAAUGAAGGCUUGCUUCAGCAACCAUCCCCGUUUCACAAUACUGGCUUACUGUUAGAUUCAAGAGAAGUACAACCAAGAGACAUUUUGCAGUCCGAUGUAUCCUUAUCCCAAAUGCCCGAGUCAUCACUGCAACAGCAACAGAAGCAACAGCAGUCGCAGACCCAGGCACUCCAAGAACAUUCACCCAAUAUUUUCCAACAGAGCAGCAAUGCAUCACAGUUGCAAAAUGCUUUGCAGUCUAUGCAAUCGGGAAACUUUCAGACAAAUUCUGAAAAUGCCUUAAGUGGCAAUGUAAGUCUUGUUCAACGGACUUUGGAGGCGACUCAGCAACAGUUGGCCUCCGUCUUAUUUACUGGAUCCAGCCCGUCUGAGACGAUGCAGCAACCUGUGGAACAGGUGCAAGAGCAAAUGAACGCAGGGAUGUUCCACCAAGUAAGUGCAAUGCAGAACAAUCUCCCCCGAGAUCUGUUCUCAAAUUCAGAUAACUCGUCUCUCCCUAGAUCUGACAAUGUUCUUUCUGGACCUGAGAAUUCAUUGUCAAAUCAACAAGUGUUGGAAUCCUCAACAAACAUGAUGUUGGGAUUGCAACAGAACAUUUGUCAAGGAUCAGGACAACUGCAGUCAGAUUUGUACCAAUCCUCUUUAAAUGGAAGCCUCCAACAAUCUGAUAUCUUUCAGCAAACUUCUCAUGUUCUGUCUAUUCAAACCAGUGAUGGAAACCAACAUCAGAUACCGCACAGCGGAUUAUUUUCACCCACUACAACAGUAGCUGGGAAUGAAAAUGCAGGAAAUCCACAGCAGCAAACAUCUUCAUCAGGUAUCUAUCAGUGCUCUAAUUCUAUGGUUGCUGUGGAGGACACAUCAGUGCAGCCCAACCAGAGGCAAACGGAUAUGUUUGACUCUAUUGUGCAGUUGCAACAGAGUGGAGAGAAUCAGCCUCAAGUAACUUUAUUUUCAAAUGCAGAUGGCAUUAUCCAUGUUGAAACUGGUGGCUCAUCACAACCAACUGGGAUUUUUCAGCAGAGUGGAGAAAUGAUGUCCAGUCAACCUGGAAACUUCCUUCAGCAAUCCCAUCCAUCGUCAGAACUAUUCCAUCCACAAAAUUCCCUAAAUCAAGUACAAAGUGCAGGUCAUUCACAGUCUGGGCUUUUCCACUGCCCUAACACUGUUCUGCAACAUCAGAAUACUGCUGCUUCCCAAGACCAAGGGCAGUCAGCAUUAUUUCAUUCUCAAGGCUCUUUGGCAGUUCUCCAAAGCUCGUCAAUCGCCCAAGAUCAGCAACAGGGCACUCUUUUUCUUUCCCCAAACUCUUUGCCUUCUCUUCAAAAUAACAACAUUUCACAAGAAAAACAAGUCAGCUUUUAUUCACCACAGAGCACAAUUCCAACACUCCAGAGUUCAGGAAACCCAGAGCAACAAUCUGUGAAUGUCUUUCAGACCCAGGCACAAAUAUCUCAGAUUCAGAAUAACAUGAUUGCUCAAGAACAGCAACAACAGCAGCAGAACCUUUUUCAACAUCAAGUGGCCUUAUCCUCUUCCCAAACUAACUUCCCCCAAAAUCAGCAAGCAUCUAUCUACCAGACCCAACAUUCAAUAGCUGCACUUCACAACAGCCCUUCACCUCAAGACCAACCUCAGAAUGUUCUAUUUAAUUCUCAGAAUUCAUUAAAUAACAGCUUAGCUUCCCAGGAACAACAGCAGAACAUCCUUUUCAACUCUCAGAAUUCCAUGCCUGCAAUGAAUACAAAUUUAACUUCCCAAAAGCAACAGAACCAAACACUUUUUCAUACUCAGCCUAAUAUGGUGUCAGUUAAUCAAGAACAGCAAUCAUCCAUACAAUUCCAAAACCAGACUACGGUUUCUUCACUUCAGAAUAAUGGGACGUCUCAGGGAGAUCAGAAACAGUCGUCCGUUUUUCAUGGUCAGCCUCAAAUGCAGCUUGUUCAAAGCUCAGGAGGCACCCAAAAUCAGCAAGUGACACUGUUCAUAUCUCAAAGUUCAAUGUCUGCAUUACAGAAUAACAUGAAUCAACAAGAUAUACAGCAGUCUAAUGUGUUUAAUCCUCAAAAUAAUGUCCCCGUACUUCAAAACAACACAUCUGUAUCAGGCCAGCAACAAAAUACACUUUUUCACCCCCAUGGGACCAUGAAUCAGCUUCAGAAUUCACCUACGUCAGCACAACAACCAACGGGCUUAUAUUUGUUUGGAAUUCAAAAUGAUUGCGGACAAUUGAUGAGCAUAACAAAUGUGUCUCAGCAAUGCUCAACUGGACCAUCUUUGUCUGAUCAGCUGCUUGUGAUAAACCAGUCGGGGCAAGCGCAGGCCGAAGGACAAGCCGUUUCUCCACUUCUCUCACAGCAGAUGGCUGACACGAGGCAACUAUCAUCUACCAUUCCUGUUGAACAGAACAUGGAAAAAAUUGAUGACAUCCUUGUCUCAUUACAGAACCAGGGAAGAAACAUCAGCAGCUCUUUUAAUCCAUAGGUAUUCGUAUGGUACAAAUUUAAGAAGACAUGAAGAAACGUCAAACCUUUAUGAAACUACAAGCCUGUCAUAUGAAGGGAAAAUAGAACUGUGACUGUACUGUGAAGGGAAAGUUAAAGUAUUGAUAUUGUUUAUAUCCAUUUCCGCUUUUAAAGCCAAUCCUUUGACCUACAUUUUAAAUCAUUAUGAAGCUAAUUAUUUUCAAUUCAGUGCACUUUGAGUGCAUAAAUACAGAUCUUCAGUGAUGAUGUUUUGUUACCAUUCCACUUUGGAAGGUACAACAACUAACAGAGUGCAUCUUUACAGUUAGCCAACUCCCUGUAAAAAACCCUGUAAAUUAACAUAUUUUGGCGCAAAUGUUAUCAAAGCCAAUAAGCACGUGGUAAAUAACACUCAGCAAAAAAACUAAGAAUACGGACUACAAAUUAAGAAACUAAAAGAUCAGAUACUUGUGCUAAAUGUCCAUAUAUAGCGGCAGUGUGAGCUAUACGCUUUUUGAAAUUCAAAUUAAUUACAUUUCAGAAGUGUUGUACAAUGUGCCAUCAUUUCAGUGUGUCGAGAAGCCAAGAAAUAGUUGAUAUCAUGUGAUCUCUUUACCAGUUGCAUCCACCAAAGUAUGCAGAUCCAUAAUAUAUAUCCUCAUAACAUAUCACCAAGAUUCAGCAUAGAUCAGGAGCCACAAAGGUGUACUUUCAUUGGUGAAAUUUGGUAUAGCUGCAAUGAAGACAUUUGGAAAACAGAUAAAGGAAUUUUAAAUCUGUGUCUGUCCUGGAAAAUUUUGCAAUUAAAUUGACAGCAAACUGUAGACAUAAAAAGGGAUUUGGGAAAGGUUGAUAAUUUCUAUAUUCUUCCUCAAAUGGCAUGCAGAAUUCAUUUGUACGUGUGUGGCUGGACUGAUAGAUGCUAGACUCAGUGAUGGAUUCUGACUUUCUGCCUGUGUAUUUUUUUCCAUAAUAAAAGUAGACUACUUAUUCUAAGUCCUCAAUCCUAUUUGGAACUGCAAUGACAAAUUAAGUGAACUGACUCCAUGAAAAGUGACUAUGGCAAAAAAAGAACUGUAACCUUGCCUUACUGAGAGGAAGAAAAUACAUCACUUCAUUGACAUAGAUGACAUGGCAUCUUCGGUAUUAUAAAAGCAUAAUUGAUACAUUAUUUUGGCCCAACUGAAUUUAGUAUGACCCUUUACUAUUAUUACCAAUCCUGUUCUCUCAUAGUGACCUCUUUGUUUAUUGAGUGUGUGAUGUAUUUGCUCGACUGCAAAGGGACAAGAAGUCUAAUCUUUUUAAAUUAUUUUUUGUUUUAUACUCAUUGUCUGCAGCCUGUUUCACAAAGAGGGAAAUGUUAUCUUCCCAACAGUUGUGCAAAGAGAUGACCUUUCUACCCAUUAACAGAAGACGGUCUAUCAGACAGCAAUUAAGUGAUCAAUUUUCUCAGUUGAGUAGGUCUUUAUCUUGAUUAGAAAACUAGUAAAUUCCCUUUUCUGUUUGCCAACUAAUUUGAAUGUUAAGACCAUCUGUCCACAAGGGCUGUUACUGAAAUAGGAGGUACAGUUUAAAACGGUUACACCCUCUGUGUUUGACUGCUCCACUGCAAAUCUCCUCAAGGUAUGCCUACUUUGAAGAUGUUAUCCUCCUCUUUCCAAUGGGAGUUCUGUAACCUCUUCACUUACUGCUCCCCUUCUGUGUGAGUCUGAAGAAUGGUCCAGACCUAAAACAUCACAUUUCCAUAUUCUCCAGGGUUGCUGCCUGACCCACUGAGUUACUCUAGCAUUUUGUGUCUGUCAAUAAAACUUCACAUCAGAACACUGUAAUUGCUGAUUAUGUUCAUGUUAUAUUCUAUGUUAAUGUCAAUCUCCAGGAUUGACAUUAAGGAAUAGGAUGAAUACUGAUAUUUGUUCAUUUGUGGCAGGCAGAGGUAAACCCCUCGCGUAUGUAAUUUGAAUAAUCAGACAAUCCAACAGUGAGGAUAGACACAAAAAACUGGAGUAACUCAGUGGGACAGACAGCAUCUUUGGAGAGGAAUGGGUGAAGUUUCAGGUCGAGACCCUUCUUCAGACAAGACCCGAAACGUCACCCAUUCUUUCUCCAGAGACACUGCCUGUUCCUCUGAGUUACUCCAGCUUUUUGUGUCUAUCUUCAAUUAAACUAGCAUCUGCAGUUCCUUCCUACACAAUCCAACAGAGGCAUGUGUAAUCGCCAAUUAUAGAACAGCUCAAUCUCUGAUAGAUUGUACUGAUCUAUAUUAAUUGAGUGAUCACUCCAAGCCAUCCUCAAUAAGUUCAAGGGCACAAUUUGGGAACUUCCAUGAUUGGUAGCACAUUUUUCAACUUCUUAAAUGGUGUUUUCUUCAUCUGCAAAUUAGAAAAUGAUGACCAAAAUCCUGAGGGCUAUUCAAAUCAGAGGACAACAUAAGAAAGGUUUAAAGGGAUAUGUGGGCAAAUGGGACUACCUUGGAUGGGAAUCUUGGUAGGCCAAAAGGCCAAAUGGUCUAUUUUCUUCCUGUAUGAAUGUGUGCCUGUUUCGCACUUGGUUCAGAUAUAAUAAUCUAAUAUCUUAGGUACACAUGCAUAAUGUAUGACCCUGUGACAUUCCCAGUAUUUUCCUGUUCCUGUUAAAUAGUACUACUGAUAGAGUUGUAAUUUUAUCCAGUCUGUUAGUUCAAUACUGAUUUUUUUAAUGAAAGUUUUUUUUGCAUAUGAUAAGCAAGAUGCGGUUCCUUAAUUUUGGUAGUAGUCUGAACAGCAGUUUAUACCAGAAAAAAAUUGUACAUCUGUGUGCUGAAAGAUUUAUAAUAUGAAACUAAAACAACAACUGCUGUAAUGAAAGUUAAAAUCACAUUGUACAUGUGCAUCCCCGUGACUAUCUAGAGAGAUGGUUGAUCUAGAAGAACAUGCAAUGGGCAGGUGAAUGGAAACAUUUUUCUACCAUAAAUCUAAUAUUGGAACUAAUUUGGUGUUGUAGAAUAGCGACAAUUUGCAUUUGCUGUUAGAAAUGCAAAUUAAAAUUGGAUUUAGAUAUAGUAUUACCUUUUUAAUGUGAUGAAAACCAAAGUUUGAAUGUGUUCUAUAACUUUAUACAUUUCUAGUUUUAAGUCAAUCUUUAAUAGCUAUAUAAGUAUUGUGCAAACCUAAUGUAAAUAUUGCAAUUUUGGUACACAUAAAUAUUAAUGUAACGUCAUGUUGCCAGUCAGUAUUAAGUUUCAGGCUCCCUUGUUACAAGGUAUCCGUAUUAGAUAUCAAGGAAGAAGUGGAAAGUUGCCCCGGUGUAGAUACCUGACCAUUAAAUCUAAUCCAUCUCCAAUGUAAAAGAACUUACCAUCAAAUGUAAUCACGGUUUCUCCAAUUUUAACACUAAGAAAUGAAUAGUUAUCCAACUACAGCUUAUGAUUAAAGUAGAGAAAGUAGAUAUGAUGCACAUUGUACAUAAAACAAAAAGGACAAACAUAUCAAAUGUGAAGCAGAAAUGGAUGCAUAACAAUAUUUCAGAGAUCUAUAUAUUAACCAACAUACAACCUGGCUUUUCAAUUUUUACUGCACUCUGUUAGCAUGUCCACUGGGAUGAGCUGGAUAAUGUAGGCAAAGCAGCUAAUUUUCCUUUGGAAAGAUGAGCUUUGGUUAAAAUCUAAGUAAAUGUGCUCUAAUAAUGGAAUCUCCAGCACUUUAUUCAACUAAUAUUGUGACCAUUGAUUCCCUUGAAUGUGUCAGUGAUGUUUUAUUCCUGUCAACUGUCCAGAGUACUACUUUUAAGUAUUUAUGUUUAUGAAAAGUCAUUUAAUUGUAUAUUUCCUUUCUGUUUAAUGUAAAUAUUUAAACUAUUUUCUUACUGUGCACAUUUUGAGCCAUGCAAAAACUUUAAGCAGCUACUUCUCUUCCUUAAGAAGCACUGAAGAUGUUUCGGUGGUACGGUCUUUACUUGUUAUGAAGGGAGCUUCAGCUGCCUGACCAGCUUUUAGAUCAGUCAUUUUAAAUACAGAAUUUCUAUUCAAAUUUGGAUGGUUUAUAUCUAAUGUAUGUUUCAUUUUUGGAAAGCAGCAUUUUUUAUAUGUGUGUGUGUAUAGAAGAUAUACAUACAUAUAUACAUUCACACAGAUAUAUAUGAAAUGGCAUCAUAUUUUGUUAUUUGUACUAAGUAAGUACAAUCAAAUUAUAAACUUUACCACAUAUUUCAGUGGUGGCUGACUUUGUCAAAAUGAGUUUGGAUUGGCACUUUUGCUACUGUUUUUGACUGAUUUUAAAUGUUUUAAAUGCAAAUCAAAUAUUUAUGGGGCAUAGUGUAAACUAGUAGGGCUAAAUAUCUUUUGUAAGUGUCUUUGCAUGAAAAUGAAUAUAACCAGAAUAUAGUGAAUGAAAGCAGAUGAUUAUUGUUUGGAUUUCUGCACAUCAGUGUUUCAUUCUAUCAUGAGGCAGAGCCAAAACAUGCAUUAAAAAAAUAUAUAGCUGACGUCUUUUGAAUUCAUUACUUACUUUGAUUCUAUUAGUUGUCUUGUACCAUUUUUAUUUUAUUACUGCUAGUACAGAUGGUAGCAGUCUAAAUAAAAGAAAGUGAAUUUAAGUAGCUGAACAAAAUCCUGACUCCACUGUGUAUCACAACACACAAUCCAUUUCGAGCUCUCAUUUGAUGCCAUAAUCUGACUUUUAUUUUGCAGUCUCCUGUCCAGUUGAUAUUGAUUAUUGCAAGUUCCCAGAAGCUACAGCGUUGUUGACUCUGAACAUUAAAUCAUCUAUUGAACAUGUUUAACCCUAUUUAAUGAGCUAAAUCUUUUGUCAUUAUUUCAUGGGGGUUUUUUGUGGCAUCAGAUUUAUGAAAAUCAUUUCCAGAGUGGAGUAUCAUUGUCCCCAAUCCCACCCCACCUAUAAAACAGCCCAACCAUUCCGUAAGGCCAUUCCCUCUCUCUCCUUCAUCUCACAACUCUGGUUCCAGACGUGCUGGACUUUGGAUGUUACUGAAACAUGUAAUGGCACCCCAAGCUGAAAUGGUUGUUGGCAGGCCAUACAUCUCUUAACUUUUAGAUCUUUCAAAAACCUUUUUAGUUCAGUUGUGCCAACUUUCUAUGUAUCAGAUUUUGGCCCUGUCACUUACAUAAGGUUUUAUCACUUAAAAUGAUGAUGAAGGACUUGAGCAUGUAUCUCUACUGUGGUCUGCUUUUCUUCCUAAUCAAAGGCACACAGUUAUUAGACAAUAAUUCAACCAUGGGGUGGUACAGCGGUAGAAUUGCUGCCCCACAGCACCAGAGAGACCUGUGUUUGAUCCCGACUGCGGGUAUUGUCUGUGUGGAGUUUGUAACCGGGUGAGUUUUCUCCGGGUGCUCCAGUUUUCUCCCAAGAAAUGCGGACACUGGUUUUAGAUGAAUAAUUUUGAAAGAGCAAGACUCACUUAUAUUUAAUAACUAUUAGGAAAUUUGUAAAGAUUUAAGUUUUCAUUCAGAAUAAAAUUAUUAAUUUUAAUAAAGACUUUUAGUAUCAGGAGUGAUGGACCUGUCACGUGGCAAAACAAAUAAAUAAAUAGCUUUCUUGCUUGUAAUAUUUUAAUAUUUGAAUUUGAAAAUAUGAAACUUUAUUACUAAAACUUCAUUUUUUGGGGGAUCAUCACUGCUUUCUGUAUAAAGCAUAUCUUAUUCUAGUACGUCAUGACCAAUUUCCCUCCGGGGAUGAAUAAAGUUCUAUCCUAUCGUAUGAAAUAGACUGUAAUUGAUUAAAAACAUUUACAAGUCAUCCAACUGUCUUUCUUCAAGAAAAUGAGAAUUAAAAUCCACUAAUCUUUUGCUGUGAUUCCCUAGUCUAAAUUAUAAUAGCUUGAUUAUGUUUGAUGAAUCUUGUUUCUAUUUGCAUUUUCUUAUUUUUUUGGAAAAGAAAGCACCGUUGAGAUUUUAUACUAAUUGUAAGGUUUGUUCAGUUGAGAAUUGCUUAAGUUCCACUUUCUCAGCAGAGGAACCUGCUUGCAGAUCAGAAAGCUGACACAACAAAUCCAACUUUCACAUACGUCACACUCCCACAUGUUGCACAAAUUAAUUUAUCUUUAUAUGCUUCUAAUGAAGGUUGUUUUUUUUAAAUCCUUUUGUUCCGUGUAUCAAAUCAUAGUGCAAAAAUAAUUUAAAUUAGAACACUGAUUCAGUGACAUCUCAUAUGACAUCUAGCAAGGAGUAAUAAAGAAAUAUUCAGAUUUUUUUUAAAUAUUGUCCUAAAAUUAUUAUGAAGGUCACACAAAUAUUUAACAUUAAAUAAAACUUUUGGUGGUAAUGAAAAUAGAAAUGGCUGGAAACACUAGAUAUGUUGGGAAAUAUUAGGAGAGGGAGAAACAUUUAAUGUUUCAGGUCAAAGACUUUUCAUUUGGAAAAAUAUAUGCUAGCUUUAAAUUAUAGAGAGAGCAAAAGAGAUUAGAUAGGACAAAGGGAAUAUCUCCUAUAGGAUGAGGCUUGGGCUCCGUUUCAGAUUUCCAGCAUCUGCAGAUUGUUGAUGGUCCUUUUGCAAUAAUAAAUGGUUUGUAUAUUUUGUGAGGUCCCUGGGUUUUUAAUGCAAGACAACGUUGGUUUGUGCAAUGUAUAAGGAGCAUUCUAACAGAAGGUUUUGGCUGGUAGUUUACGAACAGUGCACUUUGGUGUUUUCAUCGACAAUAGGAGCAGCACUCUGUAGCAAACAGUAAUUCCAUAUAUAAUGAACAAAUGUGAAAAAAUAUGCUAUGUUUUAAUUACAUGUCCAAAAUCAAUGUAGCAAAAUAAAAUGUUGCUCCACAUGACCCUACUCUUCAGAAUUACAUCCCUACAUCUUCCAGUGAUUUUUUUUUUAUGACAAUUUUUACUUCUAUGAAAUAUUCUCCAAUUUCAUUAGUGUUUUUAUAACUUUAUCAUUGUCUAGUCAGAAUUUGUCCGUCAUAUUCUUUGCUAGCCCUAUUAACACACUUAAAAUGAAGAUACAUAGUAUAUAUUUACUUUUAUAAUUGUACAAGAUAUAUGAAAUGCCUCAAUAAUGUUUGAUUUCAUUUUAAUUUUUUAAAGAGAUGGUUCAGUGGUUCAUUUUGCAAUGCAUAAUAGAAAUGGAUGACAUUUCUGAGAAUUAUCAUCUUUAUUUCUCAAUGUAAAUAUGUCCAAAUCCUUGAUAUAUAUCUCAGAAUAAUGAGGAAAUUGUAUACUUAGAUUAUUUUCUUUCCUCUUUUAAGAAUUAUAUUUUGGUUUUCUGUGCAUUAAAACGCAUAAAAGCUACAGAUAUUGUUCUGUGUGUACUUGUAGUUAGGGCACAUUUGUAAUAGCAGCAAUGCCUUUAUUUAUUUUCUUCAACCAGUUUAAUUUGUACAAUAACAAAGUGGACUGACAGGUUACUCUGGAAUACCUGAAAGAAACGCCUAUUUGGAAAUAGGUUUGUGCCACAAAAGUUAUCUCAACUUUUCUAAAGGUCAGGAAUGUUUUUAAGGGAAACAUAUUUGCAUUUUAAAACCGUGUGAAUUUAAUUCAAAAGACUUAGAGCAAAAUCACUUUAAUAACAAAAUUAUUGUUAUUACAAAGGUUCUGGUUGGAUUGCAAGUUAUACCAUCUCUAUUUACCCUCUAUAGUAGAAGGUUAAGCAAUUUUACACUAUUAGAAAAUAAUAGGGAUGAAGUAUAGAAAUAUCCACCAGAUGUUUUGAAAUUGGUUUUAUUCGAGUCUUGUGAAGCAAUGGUUGGAAAUCAAGACUUGGCUGGAAUUUAUAUCUGGUACUGUUUCAAGUCUCUUUUACACAUUACGUUGUGUUUUCAGAUCUCUGUUAAACUGUUGAAUGGAGAACUUACCGUAACAGAUCAGAAUUCCCACCUGUAACACAAGAAAUGAAAAAUAAAUAAAUCCAAAGACAUUUUAAGUUACUGUCAAAGAUAUUCUCUGGCAGUAUAUUAACAGAUGUGUUUAUUUUAUUUACAACAUUUCUUACCCAAGGCAUAUCAUUAAAUUUUCCAUCAGAGAUCAUAUUUCACCAUUCCUAAUAACUGCAAUAGUGUAUCACUGGCUGGGGAAGCAGAGAAGUCAUUGACCGCCUGCUGGUUCUUUUCAGUGCACUAAGUGCAUAUAUGUCCAACUGAUAUCACUGAUGAAUUCCAAUAUUCUCUUCACUCAUUCAGAGCAAAAAUGCAGAAUUGUUUUUGGUAAAGCAUAAUCUGGAAAGGGGUUUAUGUGUUUAAUUUACUUUAGAAUUGAAGCCAUUAGCUAUGUUGCACCUUGAACCACUGAAACGCCUUUUUAAAUGUCCUGCUAUGAUGUGAAAUCAGCACCGAAAUGUGUUACUUAUAUUAUGCUUAAGUAGUCAUUACUAACAGCACUGAUGUGGGUGGUUUGGGAGCUACUUCUUGCAUAGAUGUUUAACUGUCGAAUUAAAAAAAUAUAUUAUGCUUUUGUUGGGACAUUUGUAUACUCUAAGCAAUUAUAUUUCUGUACAUUGCUGCUAUAUAUAUAUAUAUA